UUCAGCUUGUUUUGUCUCCGACGUGGUCAUGUUAUUAGUGACCCUACUAAUGGGGGUUAAACGCUAGCACAUGUCGACAUGUUAGUGAUAGAGCCGAUUCGUACGAGUGACCCUGCUAGUGGGGGUUAUACACCAGCAAAUACUAUAGCCUGCCAGUGGGAGGUUUAUAACACUAGCCAUGACCUAUAGAGGAGACGUCUAUUUCAUUCCCAUACCGUAUCCGUUUUCUUUUUUUGUGAUUACACUUGUUGGCAUACUAUAAGUUUAAUAAGGGGCACUCCAUAUUUUACUUACUGAGUUUAUCUCAUAGUUUUUCCUUGUCCACCAUUUCAGGAAGCGAAACCGAGGACGGGGAAACCACGGGAAGUGACGAGUUAGAAGGCUAGCCAUCUUGUAAAUUUGAUAUAGAUUUUAGAUAUAGAUCAUGAUCUUGUAAGCUAGAUUUUAAUUAGAGAUUUUAUAAAUUCAUUUAAUGGAUUGUUAGUUUACAAGAGAUUUGUCCUUGAGAUUUUGAGCUUAAGUCAUUUUGGAUAUAGAAAUAAAUUGAAAUAUUUGACUUAAGUUAUUGGAUUGUCAGAUGUGAAUUGGAUAAGUUCUGAACCUUGUGCAUUUGUGGGAUCUUCUUACGAGUGCAUGGCGUCUGCCACAUCCUCAGAUUUGGGUUCUGGGGCGUGACAUGUGUAAUCAUUCUUGGUCCUUGAAACCCCAGUUGUCGUUGCCUAGUUCUCCUGGUUUGGUUGGAACAUUUAUAUUUUCAGAUUUCGUUGGAAGGUUCGUUGUUGGGUAUCAUUGUUGGAUAGAACAAUAUGGCUUGAAGCAUGUAGCCUUUCGCACAUGAAGCGGGUGCUGCUAGAAGGACCCUCCUCACUUCUUUUAUGGGUGGCAUCCUAGUCAGCCUCCACAUCACCACUACUACUGACUCAUCAUCCUUCAUUACCAACGCACCCUUACAAUGAUUAUAAAUUUACAUUAAUUUC